GCAGCCAGAAACCUCAGAAGCCAAAAGUCACGGUGCUGGUGCUGGAUGGCAGCUUGCAGUUUUCUGCAAACAAAGGCGAGCUCAACAGGAGACUAUGAAUGUGCUGCCAAACCCAGUAAUCAGGGCCCGAGAGCAGCCUCUACCUCUCUGUGGCUCUGGAUCUGCCCAGGACUUACCUCACUGCCCUCCAGGGUUCAACCUGAGCUCUCGCCUGAACCCUGCACCCAUGCUUGGCCUCCAGAAUGGCCAGAGAUCAAGCAAGCCUCAGAGGGAGCUGAGCCCGGAGGAGCAACAGGAGCUUAGAAGGAAGAUUAACAGCAGGGAGAGGAAGCGAAUGCAGGACUUGAACAUUGCUAUGGAUGCUCUGAGGGAGGUCAUGGUCCCUUAUGCCUCCUCGCCUUCUUCUGCCUCUGCUCAGUCCCACCAACAUGGAGCAGCUCCAGGCCGUAGGCUCUCCAAGAUCUCUACCCUAGUUCUGGCCAGGAACUAUAUCCUCCUUCUGGGUUCAUCUUUGCAGGAGAUGCGACGGCUGCUGGGGGAGGUAAGUGUAGGGAUGGGGGUGACCACAGGACCAGUCCCCCGGCUGCUGCUUGCAGGAGGAUGGCCCCUCAUCUCUAGCCCUGGUCAACUCCUCCUCACCCAGGAAUCCCUCCUUUCCUCAGCAGCCUCCUCCUCCUCAUCAUCAUCUCCCUCCACUUCUUCAUCAUCUGCAGGAGCUAAAUGUUCCAUGCUUUCUCCAGGUCCCAUGGAGGCCCCACUGGCCCCCAUGCAGUGGAGUUCUGCAGGUGCUUCAGGAGGGUCCCUGUGUCCCUGUGGAGUCUGCAGACUGCCCAGAUUCAACCACUCCACUCUAGUUCCCAGAUUCCCAAAAUGA